AUGCCGACGACGCAGUUUAGUUUUGCCGAAAAGUAUCGGUAUCAGACUGGCUUCGACUCCUAUCUCGAGAGCGAAGCUGCACCGGGAUCUCUUCCCAUCGGGGCCAACUCGCCACAGAAGCCGCCGCAUGGCCUGUACGCCGAGAAGUUGUCCGGCACCGCUUUUACCGCUCCCCGACACGAGAAUAAGCAGACCUGGCUCUACAGGAUACUCCCAUCAUGCUCUCACCCGCCAUUCGAAGCAGCAAAUGUGAAUGCGGAGGCGGUCAGCGACUUUUCCAAGCUCAAGUUCAUCCCUAAUCAGCUGAGAUGGGAUCCAUUUGAUCACAACGAGUCGAAAGACCUGGAUUUCGUGGCAGGUUUGCGGUUGGUCGCCGGAGCUGGCGAUCCCGCGCUAAAACAGGGACUGGGCAUGUACAUAUACGCCGCGGGCAAGAGCAUGGAUGAACAUACGGCCUUCUACUCUGCCGAUGGUGACCUGUUGAUCGUGGCUCAAGAGGGCGUCCUCGAUAUCCGAACAGAGUUUGGGUGGUUCGAAGACCAUGGCACAACGGCAUCGGACGGUCCCACCAAAUACUCGGUCAUGGUCAAGUUCAACAAUGCUCUUUUCCAAACCACGCAAGCCCAUACGCCGUUCGACGUUGUCGCAUGGCACGGAAACUACUACCCAUACAAGUAUGACUUGGGGCGCUUCAACACCAUUGGCUCGAUAUCGUAUGACCAUCCAGAUCCGAGCAUCUUUACCGUUCUUUCGGCUCCAAGCGAACACCCUGGAACAGCCGUGGCCGACUUUGUCAUCUUUCCUCCCCGAUGGCUUGUGGCAGAGGACACGUUUCGGCCGCCUUGGUACCACCGCAACACGAUGAGUGAGUUCAUGGGUCUCAUACUAGGAGCAUACGACGCCAAGCGAGCCGGGAAGGGAGGCUUCGUGCCAGGCGGUGCUAGUUUGCAUAAUGUCAUGAGCGGACAUGGUCCGGAUGCGGCGAGCUAUGAAGGGGCACGCAACGCCGAGCUCAAGCCAGCCAAGGUCGGGGAAGGGAGCUGCGCGUUCAUGUUUGAGAGCUGCUUAAUGGUAGGCGUGACCGAAUGGGGACUCAAGACUUGCCAAAAGGUCCAAGAAGGAUAUAACGACGAGAGCUGGGGUGGGGUCCGGGUGCACUGGCAACGACCUGAAGGAGACCAUGGAAAGGCGCACUUGUUGUAG